AUGACAGAAGCUAUAAAUUUGACAGUAAUUCCUACAACAAUCAAAGGAGGACCCUCGGUGCAAGAUGAACUGGAACUUGCUCUCGAAAUUCGAAGACGAUUAUCAAUUGCGCGAAUUGUUAUUGGCGCUAUCGCAUUGGUUGUAUCGUUUAUUGGUACCAUCUUAAUAUGUAUAACUGCUGCUCGGGUCAAAAGAUUAUGGAGCUUUACCAAUAUCGUAGUCAUCAAUAUGUGUAUAGCUGCAUUAUUAUUCACAAUGAUUGGUUUAUUUAAUGCUGCAACUGAAUUCACAUCUUAUAAAUCAUGGCCUUACGGUCCAGUAAUGUGUAAGCUAUUUACUGUAUUCAUUCAGAUGUCAGUUAUUUUUAUUGCUUAUUCCAUGGUCUGCGUUAGUUAUAUACGUUACCGGGUUAUCUGCCAGCCGUUUAAGACCCCACCUGCACCGAGUAUAGCGUACAUUAUAGUAAUUUUGCUAUGGAUUAUAUCGAUUCCGCUACCAACAGUCUAUGGAGUAUUUACAAGAGUCUACAACUUUCCUGUUGCACCCAACGUUGAAAGGCCUUUCUGUGUACGCCAAUAUCAAAAUCAGGAAUACUCUUAUAUGCAAGGUCUAUCACAGAGGACUUGGAGAGUCUUAACGUGGUUAUUAUUUGCUGUCAACGUCGUAAUUCCGUUAAUACUCAUUUUAUUCUUUACGAUUAGUAUUCAUCUUGAAUUAAAUCAACAACCUGCCGUGACAAUGAACAUCGAUACUCGAGCUGAUAAAAUAUAUGCAAUUAAGAAAGACGUUAAGAAAAUGAAUUUAGUCAUUUCUUUAGCAUUUUUUAUUACAUGGAGUCCCAUUACAAUUUUAUAUAUUAUUUCCGAAUAUAAUGUUUUUGAUCGGCAACCUAAUGAUACACUAAUUCAAGCAAUACAGCGCUAUCAUCUAGGGCAAGGGCUCCAAUUCUUUUUUAUUACUUUAUGUAAUUGUUAUGGCGCUACAACUAUUACUAUAUGUUAUAAAUUUAAUCCUCACUUUAACAGAGCAUUCCAAAAAAUAUUACGUCGAUGUUACAACAAGAAACAGAGCAAGAUUCAGCCUGUGCCAAGUCGAUCAAUAAUAAUUCCUAGCAGUAAAUCAACGAACACUUCUGUUUUAUAUAAUAAGUAUAACUUAUAA